GCAGUAACGAUAAUAAUGAUAGCACCAACAACGAGGGAGGUAGUAACAAUAGUGAUAGCGCUAAUAACGAGGAAGGCAGUAACAGCAAUAAUGAUAGCACCAAUAAUGAGGAAGGUAUUAAAAGCGACGAAGGUGCCGACAGCGGUAAUAUAAACGAGGAAGAAUAUUUAGAUAAAAACAAGAUAAUCGUUUAUGAUAUUCUUGAUUGCAAUAUACUAGCAACUCAGGCUGAACAAGAUAUUCUAGAAAUAUAUCGUUCAAAAUUUAAUAAUUAUCCUGUCAUGGACCUCCGGCUACAUUCAGAACUAUCCCUUUCCUUAAAUCAAGCAUUGCAAGAUAAAAUUCUACAUGAAGUUUUCGACGAAAUAGACAAGGAUUAUAUAACAGAUGAAAUUCAUAAUUUUCUCACUGACUUUUUUAAUGCUGAUCACGGUAAACAAGGAUGGCACGAAUCAGUUCGAAGAAUAGUCAUCAACGAAAAAGACUCGGAAUUACUGCAAGGUACAAAAGAACUGCUUAAGGGAACAUUGGGACGAUU